AUGAAGCGACAAGGAAGUAUUUUACCCGGUAAAUCUCGUGUUUAUCGCCAAUGGGAUUCACAUAUGGACAAGAUAUUAAGUCGAGUGUUACUGGAUCAAAUAGUUCAACGGAAUAAGGGUGAUGGAGACUGGAAGACGCAAGCAUACCAAGCAGUUGUGGAUCAACUUCGCACUGACUUGGCAAUCAAUGUGACUAGAGAUAACGUCAAGAACCGACUUCGGGCAUGGAAGAAACGCUAUGAGUGA